GCACGCAUUAUACGUCAUCAUGCUCUGAAUGAGACUGCUACUCGGGAGUGGAAAUGCGUUUUUGUUGUUUUUUUUUGCGUCUUGCUAAAGUAAAUGUGUUUAUACAAUGGAAAAGGCCUGCUGGGUUGACCCAUUGUUACUAACUUUAAGUCGUUUUUAUAGCCUUUUAAGAUAGCACGACCUACAAAGUUGCCAAAUGUUCGGUCGCAGACAUGCAUUGGAAAACCUUUUCUGUCUUUGCGUUACUUCUUAACAUUGCCAAAAUUUCAAAAACGUCAUAUGUCAUCACAGUUGAUGUGGGGAGACCAGUAGGACAUCUCAAACACUUCUGGAGAAGCACUGGUUUCUGUCCCCCGCUCCCUCACACUGAGGCCCAGCAGUUUGACCUGAGCAUCGACCAGCAGCUGAACCUGGCCUAUGUGGGCUCAGUCCCCCAUGGAGGGAUACAGCAGGUCCGGAUACACUGGAUGCUGGAGCUGGUCACUGCACAAGAUAUUGGAGGACAGCCCCAGUACAACUUAACUAAACUGGACCAGCUGAUAGAACUCUUGUGGAUUAAUGGACUCCGACCAGGUUUUGAACUGAUGGGCAGUGUCUCUAACUAUUUUACGGACUUUGAAGACAAAUCACAAGUGGUAGAGUGGAGAAAUUUGGUUUAUCUCAUAGCCAAGAGGUACAUUGACAAGUAUGGCCUGGGAAGCGUCUCCCAGUGGAACUUUGAAACAUGGAAUGAGCCCAACAACCAUGACUUUGAUAAUGUCACCAUGUCAAUUCAAGGGUUUCUAAACUACUAUGAUGCCUGUUCGGAGGGUCUGCGCGCUGCCAGCAGUCUCCUGAGGUUUGGGGGUCCGGGAGACUCCUGUCAUUCCCCCCCUCACUCUCCAUACUGCUGGGCCAUGCUGCAGCACUGCUAUAAUGGCACCAACUACUUCACCAGAGAGACGGGCGUCAGGAUCGACUACAUCGCCCUGCACAAGAAGGGAGGAGGCUUCUCCUUGCCCAUCCUCCAGCAGGAGAUCCAGACAGUGGGAGAGAUCCAGGAGCGUUUCCCCCGGUUCCGCGGCCUUCCUGUUUACAACGAUGAGGCUGAUCCGCUGGUGGGCUGGUCCACGCCUCAGGAGUGGAGGGCUGAUGUGACCUACGCUGCCAUGGUGGUAAAGGUGAUAAACCAGCACCAGUACCUGCUGCUGGCCGACCCGAACAGCACCAUCAACUACACCCUGCUCAGCAACGACAAUGCCUUCCUCAGCUACCACCCACACCCAUUUACCCAGCGCACGCUGACUGCCCGCUUCCAAGUCAACAACACCCAGCCGCCUCACGUCCAGCUGAUCAGGAAGCCCGUCCUCACUGUCAUGGGCCUGCUGGCUUUGCUAGGAGAGACGCAGGUCCUGGCUCAUGUUUUGAGCUCCGCAGGAACUGUCAACAGCACGGUGGGAGUUCUCGCCAGUAGCCACAAGCCCGUAACAGUGGGCGGCUCAGAUGGCUGGCAGGCAGCCGUAUUGCUCUACAACAGUGACGACAACAGCACCUCCACUAACCCUGAUGAUGUCACCGUCUCACUAAAAGGACUGUCUGCGCAGAAAGAUCUUGUGUAUGUCACAUAUUAUAUUGACAACAAUGUGACCAACCCGUACCAGCUGUGGCAGAGCAUGGGCAGCCCCGACUACCCCACAGCAGAACAGUUCAGACGCCUCAGGAGUGUGCAGGACCCUCAUGUUGAUGGACCCUGGGAAGUUCCUGCAGCAGACACUCUGACUCUGAAAGCUAAACUGUCCGUGCCCUCUGUCCUCCUCAUCCAUGUUUGUGCCCGGCCCAAAGCCGUCCCAGACCAGGUCAAUGGAUUACACUUCAUCAGGAUCACCAAAGGCCAAGUCCUGGUCGUCUGGUCAGACCACUGUAUCGAUUCUAAAUGCAUUAAGACAUUUGAAGUGGAGUUUUCUACAGACCACAAGGAAUUCAGCAGAAUUAACACUCAAGACACCAUUUUUACUUCUUAUGUUUAUUCACCUGUAGAUGGGAAGGCUGGCGGUCUGUACAGAGUCCGAGCUGUGGACUACUGGGGAAGGCCUGGUCCGUACUCGCUGCCAGAGAGCUACUCAGAGGAGCACUAGACCACGGGCAAGUCUGGUAGCAUUCUAAUUAUGUUUCUGAUGGUUUUGUUCUAUGUAAAUACAUGUAUAGAAAUGAAUGUAUAGAAAUGACUUGUAUAGCACUUGUAUGCAAUACAAGUGCUGUGCCAUCUGGCAAAUCGCAUUGUACCAUUUAUUAUAUAUGCUCAUGGUCUGUUUCACAGAAAUACAGGCAUCACAUUUUUAAUAGUGUAUAGAAAUGUUUGUAAUUGUAAACUCUGAUCUUGUUAGAUAAAAGUGACCAAAGACUAAUAAUUAUCCGCAAACAUUAUCAGCUCAAAUACAUUCAUUUCUUAAGCAGUUGUUGAUUCAUUGCAAAAGGGGGUGGAUAAAGGGACA